UAGGCGGGGCUUAGGUAGCCGGGGGCGCGGCUUUGCGGAGGCAUGUGGCGGACCCGCCGCGGUGGGGACUGUCGCCUCUCUUUCCUUUUGCUUCUGCGGCAGCACUCCUUCCAAGCGGGCCCGGAGGGGAUGUGGCUGCUUUGGGGAGGUGCAGGAUAUCCUUGGAGAUUUGCCUGUGGGGAAACAUAAUACCAGUUCAGCCAGCCCUAAUUUCUUUGACUGAACGUCUGCUGUGAUAGUGGAAAUUCCUGCUGGCCGCUUCUGUGAUUGGCUGCAUUUCUGUCCAGGAGAGUAGUUGCCGGUGAGCAGAACCAAAUAGUUCCUUCUACAACUGGGAAUGCCUUUUGCAAGUGCUGAUGUGGAGGGGAAAGUCCACAAUAAACACAUGACUCUUGACCUGUGUCUACAACACAGGCUACAACACAAAGAUGCAGCAGCCAGAGUUCAAAGUGCAGAGGUGCUACGGAGGUGACUAUAAAGCUCCUCUAUUCCCGUGGUGGGAUAAUUCUGCUCCCUGGACAGCAGCAAAAUUCAUUCUGCAGUAUUUUAGCCAAGGAAGCAAAAUAGGAGUUCAAGUUAUCUCCUGUGCUGUUUGUAUGUAUGUGCUACUUAAGGUCUGACAGCAGCUUUAAAUCUGGAGAAUACUAUCCAGAGAAGUUGUUUCUUUCCAAGGCAAACCUUCAAGAUGCAGGCGGCUAUUGUGUCUUUUCUGCUCAUCUCCUUAUGUGUGUUUGAAAAUGGUAGCUCCAUCUUAAAGGAGAGUGGGGUCCAGGUAACACACAUACAUCUACUCAGUAACGAAAAGCAUUGCAAACAAGCUUGUAAAGGCCCAACAGCUUCAGGUAAUCGCUACUGCUGGUCAGUGCUGUAUCAGAGCUGCUGUGUCCUCCUGCGCUGUCCACAGCUGAGUGCAUGUCAGAAUGCCAGCACACAGGAUAUAAAAGAACUAAUGGGAGAAUUUGUGAUCCGUAAAAGGAGAGAGCAUCCUGCAAGCCAUCAGACACGUAACACAGAGAAGUCUAAUCAAGAGCACGAGCUGCUGAAUGAUACGGAGCUUGCUAAGACAGAAGGAGAAAUGCCUCUUUCACCAACUGUAACAAGGAAGGUAGCAGAAGAUACUGCAGUCAGUGCAACAGAGGUGAUUGCAUCCAUUACGAAUAAGCCUGCCACUACCACCCCUGUCAUCACCACCAUCUCCCAAACUAGAGCAAGAGCCAUGACCACAAUUGGUAGCAGCGUAACUCUUAGCAUUCCAAAUACCUCUUCUGUUCCCAGCAUCCCCACUCAGACUACGUCAAAACCUAUCAUACCUUUCCUUUCAAAUGAAAGUGCUAUUACUGUUAAUACAUCAAGUUCAAAAGAGACACAAGAUGUUAAGAUCAUUUUGGGAGCAACUGAAACAACAGACACUCCUCCUAGGGCUAUUGCUUCUGCUUUGACCACAGCAACAAAAAUGUUAGUGCUUCCCACAUCCCCCAAAACAGUUACUGCACUUAGCACUCCUGUACCAGUAAACUCUAGUAGUGUUAGAAAUAGCUCGUCUACAGAUGCAGCCUCCCACAGUCCACCGGCUUCAGGCUCCCACAGUCCACUGGCUUCAACAGUCACAAGCAUGUCUCAAACAACUACGAGACCAACCUCGGCAGGAACAAAGUCAGCUCAACUGACAACAAUUGUAACUGACAAGGCAAAAUCAGCUCCAGACAGGGAAACUCCUACUGUCUCUGCCAAGGGGGCUGAAACCUCCACAACUACAGAGCAAUCUGAGAUUAUGAGUCAACCAGUGAUGGCAACAACUUACAUACAUUUCUUGUCAGUGUUUGCAACUAGAAGUCCAAUAGCACCUCCCAAGUCAACAACCCUAAAACAAGGCCAAGACCAGUGGGAUAUAGGUAGUGAAGGUAGCUAUCGGCCGGUAGAUGUCAGUUUGCUCUCAGCCGUGCUUCUGUUUGGAGUUCUAUUUUUUGUAACAAUUGUAGUCUUAUUUGCCAUACAGGCCUAUGAGAGCUACAGGAAGAAAGACUACACUCAAGUGGACUACCUAAUCAAUGGGAUGUAUGCAGACUCAGAGAUGUGAAAGCGGUAGGCAAGAGGCAUAAUAUACUGUUGGGGGAAGCUGAAAGCCUAGGGUGGCUAUUCUUUCAGUUCCCUGUUCUGCCUAUAAGACCAAUGGAAAGUGCUUCCAAAUUUCUUUUGGUGCAAUGUAGGAGAAAUGCCAUGUAUUCUACUUUUAAAAGUAUUUUUUUAACUAUCAGUUACAGGUUGCCAUAGAUAUAUUAUUUCUCAGUUAUCAUUUCUGUUGUGCUAGUUUUGUUUGCUAUUGCAAAGAGACAUUAAUGCUGCAGGCGGCCCUCCUCUGAGAACUCCGAUGCUUCCUAGGAUCACUUCCUCAGGUUCUGUUAAUGCCCUACCUAUCCCUACGCAACAAAAGUGAAAAGGGGUGUCCCCACACAUGCAAGUUGCAUCGGGACUGUGUCAAUUACUGCUAGACCAAAUGACUGACCAAGGCCUGGCAGCAUUGGAUUAGCUGGCACAGUCCCAAAAGCGUGACAAGCGCCCCCUCCCUUGGCAUAGGUUGCGACCUCUUCAUUAUGGUACGUUUCACUUUCCUACUUUUAGUUACAGCACUAAACCAGCCAUGGGGGAAGCUGCUGGCUCAAAAUGCAAUCUAAGAGUGAUGCUUAUUGGCCAGUUGUGUGUCUUGACAUUUCUGGAUGGAAAACUCUUUAGAACUGUGAAGCAUUCCUAAUGCUUCCUGUCCAGGGUAAUGUUGGUGGGGCAGGCAUCUUGUUUCAGGGAGCUCUCUGCUUGUUAAAAAUGUGUAUGCUAAACCAUGUUCAUGCCGUGCUAUUUCCUGAUUGUGAAAGUUCUUUCCUGAGGUGCUUCUGCAUCUUUAUAUGAUUUAUUUUUGUACCAUUCACUAAAUAAAUGAGGCCCUGUAGGGCAUGUAAAGA